AUGCUCAGUUCAAGAGACAGGUUAUUCGUCAGGUUACUUCCUGCCGAGCGUCUAAACGCAGUUGGUGGAAAUCAAGCUCAUAUGGAAACCGUACUGUUGAAUGUCUACAAUUCCAAAGAAUCCAGGCGACAAGUAAGGACUGUUCAAGGUCAAGCCACGCAAC